GCGCGGGACCGUUAAAUUUGAAUCUUGGCGACUAGCCUUGAGGUGGCCGGUUGGUGAGUCAGGUGUAUACUGUAGUCCAGAAACACCGUCUGGUCGCUUCAAUACCUCUAAGGGCAGGUUGAAUAAGGAAACUUAAACGGUCUGAGGCCCGGAGGAAAAGCCCGCGCGCGGCAGAACGAGAGCCGGGAAUGCAGGAUGGCGGCGAUGAAGGAAGAGGGUGCUCUGAGUGAAGCCAUGUCCCUGGAGGGAGAUGAAUGGGAGCUGAGUAAAGAAAAUGUACAACCCUUAAGGCAGGGGCGGAGCAUAUCCACUCUUCAGGGAGUAUUGGCACAGCAAGAAUCUGUGCGUAACGCUACCCUGCAGCAGCAGAAACGAGCAUUUGAAUCUGAAAUUCGAUUUUACACUGGAAAUGACCCUCUGGAUGUUUGGGAUAGGUAUAUUAACUGGACAGAGCAGAACUAUCCUCAGGGAGGGAAGGAAAGUAAUAUGUCAGCAUUGUUAGAAAGAGCUGUAGAAGCACUACAAGGAGAGAAAAGAUACUAUAAUGAUCCUCGAUUUCUCAGUCUCUGGCUUAAAUUGGGGCAUUUAUGCAAUGAGCCUUUGGAUAUGUACAGUUAUUUACAAAACCAAGGGAUUGGCAUUUCACUUGCUCAGUUCUAUAUUUCAUGGGCUGAAGAAUAUGAAGCUAGAGAAAACUUUAAGAAAGCAGAUAUGAUAUUUCAGGAUGGGAUUCAGCAGAAGGCUGAACCACUGGAAAGACUGAAGUCUCAACACCGACAAUUCCAAGCUCGAGUUACUCGGCAAACUCUGUUGGCACUUGAAAAAGACGAGGAGGAGGAAGUGUUUGGAGCCUCUGUACCACAACGAAGCACACUGGCUGAACUGAAAAGCAAAGGGAAGAAGACAGCAAGAGCCCCAAUCAGCCGUGUAGGAGGUGCUCUCAGGGCUCCAAAUCAGAACAGAGGACUCCAAAAUUCAUUUCCUCAACCGAUGCAAAGUAAUUCUAGAAUUACUGUUUUUGAUGAAAAUGCUGAUGAGGCUUCUAUAGCAGAGCUCUCUAAGCCUGUAGGCCAGCCAUGGAUUGCACCCCCCGUGUCCAGCGCCAAAGAAAAUGAGCUGCAAGCAGGCCCUUGGAAUGCAGGCAGGCCUUUGGAGUACGGGCCUCGUGGCAAUACAACUUCUGUUACAACUGUACCACCUGUGCUCCCCAGUUUUACUCCAUAUGUGGAAGAGACUGCACAACAGCCAGUUAUGACACCGUGUAAAAUUGAACCCAGUAUAAACCACAUUCUAAGCACGAGAAAGCCUGGAAAAGAAGAAGGUGAUCUCCUGCAAAGAGUUCAGAGCCAUCAGCAAGAUUCUGAGGAGAAGAAAGAGAAGAUGAUGUACUGUAAGGAGAAGAUUUACGCAGGAGUGGGGGAAUUCUCCUUUGAAGAGAUCCGGGCUGAAGUUUUCCGGAAGAAAUUAAAAGAGCAGAGGGAAGCUGAGCUACUGACCAGUGCAGAGAAGAGAGCAGAAAUGCAGAAACAAAUUGAAGAGAUGGAGAAGAAGCUAAAAGAAAUUCAAAGCACUCUGCAAGAAAGAGCGGGUGAUCAGCAAGAAGAGAAGAUGCCUGUAAAGGAAACAGCUGAACUGCGAAUUGCUUCAGAGUCUCAGGAAAUACCAGGAAUGACUCUAUCCAAUUCUGUUUGUCCGGUAAACUCUGGUGCCAGGGAAACUUCACUUGCAGAAAACAUUUGGCAAGAACAGCCUCAUUCUAAUGGUCCCAGUACACCUUUCUCCAUUUUUGACGAGUUUCUUCUUUCAGAAAAAAAGAAUAUCAGUCCUGCAGGCCCCCCACCAGUUCUAGUCCAACGAAGACCGCUUGCAGUUCUCAAAACUUCGGAAAGUAUCACCUCAAAUGAGGAUGUGUCUCCAGAUGUUUGUAAGGGACUUGAGCAUCCCCAGUUUUCCAAUCCACGGAGUGGGGGGUCUUGGAACCAAUCUCCCACAGAUACCAAGGGACGGCUGACUGAUGAAUUUACAGGGAUUGAGCCCUUGAGUGAAGAUGCUAUUAUCACAGGUUUCAGGAAUGUGACUAUUUGUCCUAACCCAGAAGACACUUGUGACUUUGCUAGAGCAGCUCGUUUUGUAUCCACUCCUUUUCAUGAGAUAAUAUCCUUGAAGGAUGUCCCUUCUGAUCCCGAGAGACUAUUGCAGGAAGAAGAUCUGGAUGUGAAGACUUCUGAAGACCAACAGACUGCUUGUGGUACUAUCUACAAUCCAACUCUCAGCAUCAAGAAGCUGAGCCCAAUUAUUGAAGACAGCCGCGAGGCCACACAUUCCUCUGGGUUCUCUGGAUCUUCUGCCUCAGUUGCAAGCACCUCCUCCAUCAAAUGUCUUCAAAUUCCUGAGAAACUAGAACUUACUAAUGAGAUUGCAGAGAACACUGUUCAGUCACCCUGGUGUUCACAGUAUCGCAGACAACUACUAAAAUCCCUGCCAGAGCUGAGUGCCUCCGCAGAGUUUUUUGUAGAAGACAGACCAAUGCCUAAGUUGGAAACAGAGGAGGAAAUUGAAUUAGGUAAUGAGGAUUAUUGCAUUAAACAAGAAUACCUAAUAUGUGAAGAUUACAAAUUAUUCUGGGUGACACCAAGAAACUCUGCAGAAUUAACCAUGAUAAAGGUAUCUUCUCAAACUGUCCCAUGGGACUUUUAUAUCAACCUCAAGUUAAGGGAACGUUUAAAUGAGGAGUGUGAUCAUUUGUGCAGCUAUUAUCAAUACCAAGAUGGCUGUAUUGUUUGGCACCAAUAUAUAAACUGCUUCACCCUUCAGGAUCUUUUUCAACACAGUGAAUUUAUUACCCACGAAAUAACAGUGUUGAUUGUUUAUAACCUUUUGACAAUAGUGGAGAAACUACACAAAGCAGAAAUAGUCCAUGGUGACUUGAGUCCAAGGAGUCUGAUUCUUAGAAACAGAAUCCACGAUCCAUAUGACUGUAAUAAGAACAAUCAAGCUUUGAACAUAGUGGACUUUUCCUACAGUGUCGACCUUAGGGUGCAGCCAGACGUCUUUACCCUCAGCGGCUUUCGGACUGUACAGAUCCUGGAAGGACAAAAGAUCCUGGCUAACUGUUCUUCUCCCUACCAGGUAGAUCUGUUUGGUAUAGCAGAUUUAGCACAUUUACUAUUGUUCAAGGAACACCUACAGGUCUUCUGGGAUGGGUCCCUCUGGAAACUUAGCCAAAAUAUUUCUGAGCUAAAAGAUGGUGAAUUGUGGAAUAAAUUCUUUGUGCGGAUUCUGAAUGCCAGUGAUGAGCCCACAGUGUCUGUUCUAAGGGAGCUUGCAGCAGAAAUGAAUGGGGUGUUUGACACCACAUUCCAAAGUCACCUGAACAAAGCUUUAUGGAAGGUAGGGAAGUUAAUUGGUCCUGAGGCUUUGCUCUUCCAGCGAGAUAGGCAGUCAAGUCUCUCACAGAUUCCUGCCUAAAACCAGUGGUUCUGUUGUGGAACACUGGACAUAUAUGUGCUAUAAAAUCUAAUUUAGGACGCAUUUAAUACACUAUCAACACUUCUACUUUUUGGUAGAGUUAUAUUUCUAGGUAACCGACAUUUUUUUACACAGCAAUGUACCUACACUUGGCUUUGUCUAACUUUAACAAAGAACUGUUUUAUUCUAAAUGGGACUUCAUGUGAAUGGGUACCUUGUUGUUUAACACAUUUGUCUAUAAUUUUUUUCCCUUUUGUAAUUUGUGACAUGUACCCUUAUGAUCAC